AAAAUAAGUGUAUUUUUUUGUAGUAAGUAGUGUUUGUAGCGAUGUGUUUAAAAACGAUAGUGUUUUGUUUCUUAGUGAUUGUUUUAGUGGAGUUAGUUCAUUAUACACAAGCUUUAGACAAUGACGGUGAAGGAGUCUGUGUAGUGAAACUCAGUUCCCGACAACGAAGAAAAAAGCCGUACAAUGUUGCCAUAAACAAAUGGUGUGGACGAAGGAAGUGUGUCGUCAAGAGAUAUAAAUAUGAGACAUAUCUAACUUGGACGAAUCACACGGUCUGCUGCAACGGCUGGCAGCACGACAGCGAACAGGACAUCUGUGCUCCAAUCUGCAGCACGGGCUGCAUUGGGGGCAAGUGUGUCUCUCCCGACCAGUGCCAGUGUCUGUCUCCUGCCUACCUCGACCCCGACCGACCGAACACCUGCAUCACACCCGUCUGUACUCCAACCUGCUUCAACGCCAUCUGCCACGCCAACAACACCUGCAUCUGCCAAGAAAACUACAUCCCCUACAACUCCACACACUGCUUCAAAUGCGAUGUAGGCUACACUGCAGAUGAGAACCUUAACUGUGUCCCGGUUUGUGAUAAACCCUGCAUCAACUCUACGUGCACAGCUCCCAACACGUGCACCUGUGCCGAUGGCUACCGAAAGAAGAAUGACUCAAUCUGUGAACCGAUCUGUGACUGUGUUAACGCAGAAUGUGUUGCACCUCACACGUGCGCGUGCCAUAAAGGCUAUAUUCCUUUAAACCAGACUGUUUGUGUUCCAAAGUGUAACGGCUGUUCUCACGGAGACUGUGUAGCGCCUGACAAAUGUUCUUGUCAUAAAGGUUACGCGAAAGUGAACGGUGUCUGCAAACCCCAGUGUUCCAAGGGCUGUGUUAAUGGUUACUGUUCUGCACCAGACGUUUGUUCUUGCAAGAAGGGCUACGUGUACAGUGACAGCAGUGCGCAUGUGUGUGUGGUGCCCUGUGAUGCAAGCUGUAGAGGAUACUGUGACGAUGAUAAAGGAUGCGUUCCGUGGAAUUGCUCGAUGCCAAUACCGGCCAGGGGGAAGCGACUGCAAGUACAGAGAACUGUUUGCUGUGCCGACUACGAGUAUGACAGCGACCUGGACCAGUGUCUACCAGUGUGCUACUCCCCGUGCAUCAACGGCACCUGCGUCGGCGUGAACAAGUGCGCGUGCACUCCGCCGCUCACGCUCUACAACAACACCAUCUGCGUCCCCUCCACCUGCGACAACUGCCAGCAUGGCGACUGCAUGGCGCCCAACGACUGCCGCUGCCACAAAAACUAUCUCAAGUUAAAUGGCACUUGCGUUCCAGUCUGUGACAAUGUCUGCGUCAACGGAAAAUGUGCAGAACCCAACAAAUGUAAAUGUAACGACGGCUACAAGCCCGACCCACACGACCCGUACAAUUGUAUCCCAAUCUGUGAGCCCGCCUGUGUGAACGGCACCUGUGUAGCACACAACAAAUGCAUCUGCGGCGUAGGAUACGGCAGAACUGAAGACUAUUGGAUAUGUAAGCCUACGUGUGUUGGGUGCGAAAAUGGAGACUGCAUCUCUCCAAACAACUGUGUCUGCCACAGUGGAUACGAACGCAUCAACUCGACCUGUAAGCCAAAGUGCAGCUCGUGCAGCAACGGUGACUGCGUGGCGCCAGGGGUCUGCCGGUGUCGCGGCGGGUACGAGCGCAUAGAUGGACUCUGUACACCAAUAUGUUCACCACCCUGUGUAAAUGGCAAAUGUAUGACACCUAAUACUUGCAGCUGCAACGAUGGAUAUGAAAACAGGUUCGGCGUCUGCGAGCCUGUUUGCUCCAAAGCCUGUAUCAAUGGGCACUGCUCAGCACCCGACAACUGCACUUGUAAUGAGGGUUUUAUACAUGAUGAGACAGAAUACAAUCUGUGUAUCAAGCCUUGCAAGAACGGCCACUACUCCCUGUUGUCUGCAGACUGCCAGUGUGACAUCGACUAUGAAUACGACAACGAAACAGAGAGUUGCAUACCUAUAAAACCAGUGCCAUGUGAGGACUGCGAGGGUAAAUGCAACAAUGAAACGAAAACGUGUCGGUGCUUGAACGAGAGGCCAUGUAUCAUCAAGAGUGCGGAUAUUGAGGUACCAGCAGAGGUGGUCGCAUCCGACCAAGUCAAAAUGGCCAGUAUGAAUAUGACUCUGAUAGCGAUCGGUGGAGCCUGCCUGCUGCUUCUCAUUCUGGUCGUGGUGGUGAUGCAGAGGCUCUGGUAUAAGCGGAACGACUUCACGGCCAAGCCUACACAUGAGAAUGUUGCCUUAGGCAGUGUGGUUUACACUGUUCCGAAUACAUUGAUCAACCAGAGAGCUAGUAGUGGGCCCAUUGACGAAGACUCCGGUGACGAAGACGAAGCGACGGACGAAUUAAUACGACAAAAUACACGAAUAAGUUAGACUGUAAUGUAUGUACCUGUAAUUGAAGUGUUCGGUGCUUUUAGUAUAGAUAAUUAGUUGUAAGACAUAAAACUAGUUUUUGAUAAA